AUGGACGUCGACGCAGCUACCUUCCCACACCACUUGCUGGCCAUCUUCAUCCACAUAUCCGAGGCCGAUUUUGUGUCUUUUGAUCUCGAACUGUCCGGCAUUCCAUCGCGCAUCCAAGACAAACCUGCACAUGGCCCGGCGCGCUUCACCAUGGAGGAGCGCUAUGCCGAGACCAAGAUGGGCGCUGAUCGCUAUCAGAUCCUACAGGUAGGUAUCACUUGCGCGCGCUUCGACUACGUUGCCAACAAAUAUGUCUUGAGGCCUUACAACAUCAACAUCAGCCCGCUUUUUGACGAACGCAUCGACUUUGAGCGUGAGAUCAAAUUUCAGAGCGGCGCGUGUACCUUUCUUCUCAACAACGGUUUCGACCUGGGGGCCCCACUUGCCACAGGCGUACAGUACUUAUCCCGCGAGGAAGCAGAGCGGGCAAAGCGGAUGGCCUGGGAUCGACUCGAGAACAAGAAUCCCAUACCCGAUCUGCAGCUCAACUCGGCUGACGUCGAGUCGCUCGACUUUAUGCGUAGGGUGAGGGAAGCCAUUGAGAAAUGGAAAUCUAGCACUUCGUCGUCCUUGGACAUUACAACUCACACAGGACUUUCCACAUCGCCCGUGAUACCCGUCAUCACGCGAUUCGAGAAGCGUCUCGUGCAUCAGCUCGUGCGCGCCGAGUUCCCAGAGUUGGUGUCUAUAGGACGCGGAGAGUGUGUUCGUAUCCUCCAUCUAGACCCCGUGCGUGAGGCCGACAACAUGCGCAGGAUCAAGAACCGCGUCAAAGAAUCCAUUGUCCGACAAACCGGUUUCCGCUGGAUCUUCGAGGCUUUAGUCAAGGGCGGCGACAUCAAUCGCGCGGAUCCACUUUAUGUCGCACGCACUACUGGCACGAUUGUCACUGCCGACGCACAUGAUAUAAGAGAUCGCUACGACAGAGCCAUAGAGAGACUUAAGAUCAAGCAGCCCGUGCUAGUCGGCCACAAUAUGUUCACUGACAUUGUCUACUUUUAUCGUACUUUUGAUACGCUGCAAGGCUUCCAGGAUGCCAUCCAUGAGCUAUUCCCCAACAUUAUCGACACUAAAUAUCUAGCGACUCAUGCUGAAGGCGACCUCAACGCCUCCCCUACGCUACAGGAUAUUGCCGAGAAUUCAAGUCAGCAGCCGUUGCCCCACAUCGUCACACAUGUCGACCAUCCGAAAUACCAAGAGGCCGAGGCCUUCCACGAAGCAGGCUAUGACAGCCUCCUUACUGCCACCAUCAUGAUCAAGCUCGCCGCCAAGCUUGGUGCGGAGCGAGGAGAACAGGUUCCGGCACCAUUGCCCGACCGUUCCCGUAACAAAGCGAAGGGAGUGUUAGCGGAAGAUGUUCAGGAUUUUGUAAAAGAUGGACGCGAGAAGGUCGACCAGCCCGUUCCCCUGCCCCCAGUGGAGCAGCCUCAACCCAAGAAAACAAAGAAACAAAGGGCCAAGGCUAAGAAAAAGGAGGCAAAGCAACAACGAUUCGAAACUAAGAACCUAUUCGACACGCUCAAAGCUCUGAGCCCUGAGGCCGAAUCUUCCUCAACUGAAGAUGACGGAGAGGUUAAGCUUCGUCAAGAUAGUGAACUUGCGAAAUGGGACGAACAGGUUCAAGACGUCGGCGGGUCAUGGGAAAAUGACGUCUACGUCCAAGAUAAGACGGGAUGGGUGCCGUUAGAGCAGGUUAAGCGACAACCAAUGGAGCUCAUUCCAGCCUUUGAUUCAAAGUUUUGGAACGAGUUUGGCAAUACAUUGCGUGUGUUUGGCACUCAGGAAGCUGUCCUGAAGAUUGCAAAGUGGGAGAUUUGA